UUGCAUUUAAUUACCACAUCGCUGGUUACCUUGACGGCCAAUAAAUAUCAAAGCGUUCUAUAUAUUUGACUGAAAUGAUCUGGCAAAGUUUUGUCGAUGAAACUAUCUUGGGGACGAGUCAAGUAGCGAAAGCUGCUAUCCAUGGUCUUAAUGGUACACGUUUCGCCGCGAGCACUGGCUUUGUGAUUCCAAACUGUGAGAUCCAAGAUAUUGUCACAGCAAUCACAACCGAUCCAUCAAAGUUGUAUUCUUCCGGAAUAACAUUGGGUCAAGCGAAAUUCAGUUUUCUGCGAAUAGAUCCUGGACGAGCCAUCCUGUUUCGUAAUAGACAAGAAGGUGGUAUUGCAGUGAAAACGAAUAGGUGUUUAAUAAUCGGAACGUACAAUGAAGGAAUGGAGUUUGCCGAUUGCUGUUCUGUGAUUGAAACACUUGCCGAUCACUUUAUCAUGGUCGAAUAUUAAUACAGUUAACGUAUAAACACGUCCAUGCACGCAAAACAAUUUAAAGACCCAUGCCAUUCUGAGUGGGUUUCAAAAAAUUUUUGUGCCAAAGAUAAAUUUUGUCCUUCAGCUGUUUGGCCAUGCAGAAACAUGUAAAACUAAUUGUAAUUGUAUAAAGCUAAAGUAGUAUAAAAUUUAUUCUGAUGAAAAAAUCAUGCAGCUUUAGCCUUGUCAUUUAAGGUGAAUGAGUAUUUCCACCAUGCAAUGGCGGAAUUCCAUUCAAUUCGGGAGAUCAGGAGGGGAGGCACGGAUAUAAGACGGAAUUAUGGUGCAAAUGGGCAGCUGUGGUAAAACAUUCUUAAAACAUAUAAACCCCGUGGAUGAUCUCUCUAGAUUGUUACACUAUCAUUUCAUCGUGUCGGUUCACUAUCAAAAAUCGAUUCAGAAAUUUUGGAUCGAUAUUAAUCAUAUAUAUAAAUUUGCAUGUUGCAUUAAUCGAUCGAGCCUUGCAGAAGAAAAGUGCAUGAAGUGUAAUAAACACAAAGGUUUCGUCGUUCCCAAAUAUAUAAUACAUCUCUUAAAAGUAGAAUUGCAUUGCAAGUUGCAAGAAAAAUUGCACCGUGUAACAUGGCCUUAAGAUCAAAUCGUAUAAUGAA